AUGGCCUCGAAAGACGAAUCGUCCGACAACUCCAAGGUGAUCAAGACUGAGCCCCUGGACAAUAAAGACGCCAAAUGGGCAACGCUUGUGAAAAUCACCUACACUGACCCCAAAGGUGUUGAGCGCACAUGGGAGUCUGGGGAGCGUCUCACUCGACCCAAGGGAUCCGACAUCGAUGGCGUCGGUGUUGCAGCAAUUCUUCAAGACCCGGCGAAACCAAACGAUGAGCCUCGGAUCAUCCUCCAAAAGCAAUGGCGCCCACCAGUCAAUGCGACCGUCAUAGAAGUUCCAGCUGGCUUGAUGGAUCCCGAUGAAAGCCCGGAAACCUGCGCCAUCCGCGAGCUGAAGGAAGAGACGGGGUACAUUGGGGAACUCGUGUCAGACAAGACCUUUCGAACUACUCCAAUCAUGUUUAAUGAUCCAGGUUUCUGCAAUACCAACCUCAGAAUGAUCCACGUCACGGUAGACAUGUCUCGGCCGGAGAACCAAAACCCACAGCCGGAGCUCGAAGAGAACGAGUUCAUAGAGACAUUUUCCGUUCCGCUUAAAGAUCUCUAUGAUGAAUGCAUCAGAUUCGCGGAGCAAGGAUACGUUAUCGACGCAAGAGUGGGCACACUGGCGGAAGGGAUAGAGUUCGCAAAGAGAUGGAGAUGUUCCGUUCGUCCUGCGUUUGAGCCGUGCUCUUGCAUGGAUUCGCAUGUCGCAAGCUCGUUAAUGUCGGGAGCUGCUGGUAGGGCCUCCAUCUACAAACUUUAUGUGACCUACCGACGCUUGUGUAUACUGAAGGCGGUUAUAUGUGUCGCUCUCCGACUCUACACCCGUACCUUCAUCGUGCAGCAUACAGGCAAAGAUGAUUAUGCUAUGGUAUUCGCGCUCCUGUUCACAGUCGCCUAUCUUGUCGCCAUUUUCAUUUUGCGCGAUAACGGUAUGGGCUUUAGUGGCGAGGUUCUGGAGCUCCAGCAGAUGUUGAACCAAAUUCAAACAACACUUGCGAUAGAGAUAGUCUACUAUCUCAUCAUCAAUGCUAUCAAAAUCUCGAUUUUGUUCUUCUACUUACGCAUCGCCGUCGAGAAAAGAUUCGAGUACCUUUGCAAAGGCACAAUCUACUUCCUAGUAACCUUCGGUGUCGUCUGCGUAAUUGUAUGUCUGGCACAGUGUGUUCCACUACAUAAGAUGUGGGACUUGGCCGGGCAGAUUUCAGGCCAAUGUAUCAACACGACAGCGUUCUUCUACACAACGAGCGCUGUAAAUAUCAUUGCCGAUAUCUGGAUUCUGCUUCUUCCUAUAACUACACUGCUCAAAGUCCAGCGCCCGAGACGAGAGAAAUUCGCCCUUGUGAUCAUCUUCAGCCUCGGUACGUUCAGCUGCAUUGCAUCGAUCGUGCGCCUGUACUCAAUUGGCGUUUACACGGAAUCUGAGGAUCCUUUUUUCGACAGCGUUCCCAUCAACGUAUGGAGUAUGGUCGAAAUUAACGUGGGCAUCCUCUGUGCCUCUACUCCCGCCACCAAAGCCCUCUUCAGCAAAGCGCAGAGACAUCGUACGCAUAAUGGCUCGUAUCAGUACCAUAGUCGUGAACGCAGCAUCAUGAAAAGCUAUGGCCAUGGUAGCGGGAAAAGCAAUAGCAACAACGGACAGGAGGGAACCGCUGGAGGCCCCACCGGGGCCGUUAUCCAGAAUGAGUCGUAUGAGCUGAAGGAUGUGGAAAGUGGGGAUCACCAACCGUUUGACGCGAGAAAACAGAAUGGUGGCGGUGGGGCAUGGCGCGUUCCUGACUCGGAUGUGGACGAACAGUGUCUUGUAUGGCCAGAAAGCAGAGUUUAA